CGUGCAGCGUGCGUGCCGCGGAGCAGGGUGACGCUGUACGUAGGAGGCGGCGCGCAUGACGCAGUUGCCCAUGGUAACCUGGGAGCCGCAUAGAGGAUGGGUUUACUGUCAAUUCUGCGCAAACUGAAAAGUGCACCAGACCAGGAGGUGAGAAUCCUCCUCCUGGGACUAGAUAAUGCAGGCAAGACCACACUCCUGAAACAGCUGGCAUCUGAAGACAUCAGUCACAUCACACCGACACAGGGCUUUAACAUUAAAAGUGUACAGUCUCAAGGUUUUAAGCUGAACGUGUGGGACAUUGGUGGACAGAGGAAGAUCAGGCCGUACUGGAGGAACUAUUUUGAAAACACUGAUGUGCUUAUCUACGUCAUUGACAGCGCCGAUAGAAAAAGGUUUGAAGAAACAGGUCAGGAGCUGGCCGAGCUCUUGGAUGAAGAAAAGCUCAGUGGAGUCCCUGUACUCAUAUUUGCUAACAAGCAAGAUUUGCUUACGGCUGCCCCUGCUUCGGAGAUUGCUGAGGGACUGAAUCUACACACCAUCCGUGACAGAAUCUGGCAGAUCCAGUCUUGUUCAGCCCUCACAGGAGAAGGCGUGCAGGACGGCAUGAACUGGGUCUGCAAAAAUGUCAAUGCAAAGAAGAAGUAACCCCUCCCCCGAGCUGCAUGGAAAUGGAGGAGCUGUGGAAGCUGAAUUCUAUCCUGGAAGUGCUAAUUUGCUGCUUUCUGACCAAAUGUUUUUUCCAUCUGUGCACAGCUACAGCUGUUAAAAAAAGGGAUCAACAACAGUUAAACCCGCUGCUGGAAUUGGAUCUUUACCUGCUCCUUAGUACAGUUAUUUUUCCCAAUAAAGGAAUUGUACUUGCCCCCCCUCUGUAUAAAUAGUAUUAACUGUCUCCACACUCAGCUGAUUAGAACUGUGAUUUUAAACAACAGGAAGCUUGUGAUUCAGGUUAGAGAAUUUCAGUGGGCCGGGAGCUUGUGCUUUGUAGUCACCAAGACGUUCACAGCAUGCCCUGUCCCCACUGGUUCCACAGUCAUCCUGGCCAUUCUCAGAUGGCAGUCAAAGCUUUUCCUCAGUGACAAAUCAGGUGUUGUUUCGGUAGCUAGUGUGGGUCGUUGUGUCAUUUCGUGGAAGGUGGGUAGAAUUCUCAUGCCAUUCCCUGCCCCCGGUAGCCCUAAAAAGGACCUUCAUCUUAACCAGAUACAGAAGUGACGCCACACCCCUCCCUAGAAGCGGGAGAGGAGCAUGUAUGUAUAACCCAAGCUCUUGACAGUUUGAAGGCAAGGAGUAGGGGUAGCUUUUCCUCCAGCUAAAGUAAAACGCAGGCCACCUCACGCUGGCAUAUAUGCGGUUACCCACGUUGAGUGCAAGGGUGGGCGGUUAUAUUUUUGAGAGUAAGCUUAGUAUUCCACAAACCCUGGCCAUCGAGAUAACUGUGCAGCAAAGCUCAGAUAAUUCCAUGUUUCAGUUCCUAGAACAAGGUAAAACUGCUCCCACUUUUUUCUUUUUUGAACACACAGUGUAUUUUCUGCCUUCUCUAAAAUCGUUCAGUUCAGGAGGUGCACUGGGGCUUGUGGGAUGAAAAUCUACAAUGGCUUUGUGGUGGGGAUAGCUUUCCAAUCCUAGGCAUCAUGAGGCUGGAGCCAUGAAAUGGCCACGGUUGGAAAGAAUCUCCCAGUUUAGAAUUACUCCCUUGUAUGGUUAGGGAUUGGAAUAAUGGCAGAUGGGAAGCAGGAAGGAAAAUCUUGCCCUAAGAUGAUGAUUCGUUUUCCCUUGGCUGACAAAUCCUACAACUUCAGUCCAAAUGGAAGUCAGGGAGGGGGAGGUGCUUGUCAUUUCUAGGUCCCCAGUUCAAAUCCAGCCCAAGUUGACAGGGAGUAAGAGUCACUGGCACCUGAAAGCAGUUGUGUCCAAUGCAAAAAGCAUCUGCUGGCUCUCAGUCCAGCUAGUUUCUAGCAUGCAGAUUUACAGAUGGUUUUUUUUUUUAAAAAUCCACCAUGCUGAUUGGCAGCAUUGCUUGCAGCCUGAGCGUGAAGGCCAAAGAAUGACCACAGCCAUGCCCUGCCCUCUCAUCGCUAGGAGACGGCUUGGCGGGCAGUGUGGGAAAAGGUUGCCCUGCCUGUACCCUGGUGAUCCUGCUUUCUGGAGAGCCAGAGUACAUCAGUCUCCAAACCCAGAAGGAGAAUGGUGUGACGAUUGAAGUGAUCAAGCCCCAGUUUAAAAACCAAAAGACUAGGGAAUAAAACAGGCUCAAGUGAAUUCCUAAGCGAUAGCUAAAUACGCAAGGGGACAUGGUUACAGCUUCAUGCAGAAUGAGCAAGGCAGCAGCAUGAGCCAAGCAGGCAGAUCUGUUUAAAAUCAGCUUGGUAAGUAACUCUCACCUCCAGCUGCAGUACCUUCUCCGGAACCGCAGGAAUCUUUGCAGCACAUGUUCGGAGUAACGCCUCGCAGCAUGUGUCUGAAAGGUCGCCUUUGCUUUGGGGUUAAUGCAUCCGCCCCCUGUAAACAAUCGCAGCUCUCUUCCAAAGAGCGAGCUUGUGCUGUUUAAGAGGCUAAAUGCAAAGCUUCAGAAUAUGGGCUCCCAGGCUUGAAACACGUCACCUUUGCUGCAUUGAAAGUGUAGUGUUUCUGAAAUGCACCCCCUAAAUGUCAACAGUUUUAAAAGAAACCCACGCUGCUUGCAUGUGUUUGGUAU